CCCCCGGAAGCCGCGCGCGGCAGGACGGGCGGGAUUCAGCGCUGCCGUCGGGAAUCCCGGGCUGCAUUGCAUUCCACGUCUGUGCGCGCGCCGCCACGGGGGCGAGGGUGCCCCUGAGAGCGUGCAGAGCGCCGCUCCUCACCCAGCCAGCCAGCCUCCCAGGUUUGCAGAGGGGCUCAAGUCCCGGCAGCCGCUCUUGGCCACGGGAGUGGCUGGGUGGGGGCCGUGCCUGCUUCCUGCCCUCGCCCCAUCUGGGCUGCGGAGCCUUUCCCCCCUCGCCUCCUUCUCCUCCUCCCCCGCCGGCGCGCAUCCCCUGGAAUUUCCGGGGAUCGGGUUACCCGGCCCUCCUCCUCCUCCUCCUCCAAACGAAAAAGGCCAGCUAGCGGGACCAGACGCGACGGGGCAGGGUGGAGAGCGCGCGUAGCCGCCGCCGCCGCCGCCUCCUCCGGCAUCAAUUCCGCAGGUUGGACGGUGUGGCUGUCCAGGACCACUGCAACGGAGUCCCAAUGAUGAGCGUACUGGCUCCCGUCAGGAAGGACCGGGUCAUUGCCAACCUUCCACAAUGCUUCACCAAAGCGGCGGCCCUCCAUGCCAGAAGCCAUUUCCACUCCAAAGUGGUGGGUCUGUGCCAGGCGCAGCGCACAGGCACGGUGGGCAGGUUUAAGAUUUCCAAGAUCAUUGUGGUGGGGGACCUGUCCGUGGGGAAGACCUGCCUGAUCAACCGGUUUUGCAAAGAUACCUUUGACAAGAACUACAAGGCCACCAUCGGCGUAGACUUUGAGAUGGAGCGCUUUGAGGUGCUGGGGGUCCCAUUCAGCCUGCAGCUGUGGGACACAGCCGGCCAGGAGCGGUUCAAGUGCAUUGCAUCCACUUACUACCGCGGAGCACAAGCUAUCAUUAUUGUCUUUGAUGUGAACGACGUGGCAUCUCUUGACCACACGAGGCAGUGGCUGGCAGACGCCCUAAAGGAGAAUGAUCCAUCCAGCGUUCUGCUCUUCCUCGUGGGCACAAAGAAGGAUCUCAGUUCACCUGCGCGGUACCACCACAUGGAAAAAGACGCCCUCAAGGUGGCCGAAGAGAUGCAGGCCGAAUACUGGACUGUCUCGUCACUCACAGGUGAGAAUGUCAGAGAGUUCUUCUUCCGGGUGGCGGCCCUGACCUUCGAGGGCAGCGUGAUGGCGGAGCUGGAGAGGACCAACGCCCGCAGGAUCGGGGACAUUGUGCGUGAGUAUCCGUGCUGCCUGAGAGCAGCCAGCACCAUAGCUAUGGCACGGGGUCCUCGCGUGGGGCAGCGAGGGGCUUUCACCAGCCCCCUCCGGCGCACCCCACCCCAGAAAUAAUGCUGCUUUCGUCACUGGACAUGCUCUCUUUGGACCUCACAGGCAGGGGCUGCCUGUUGCCCAUGCCAAGUCGAAUCCAGAACAUAGAAUGCCGCCUUACUCUAAGCCGGACCAUUGGUCUAACUAGCUAAUACUGGCAGCGGCUCUUCAAGGGUUCAGGCAGGAGCCUCUCCCAGCGCGAACUGGAGUUGCUGCCAGGGACUGAACCCGAGAGCUUCUGCAGGCAA